GCCUUCCCCACAAUGCACCUCGCGCCGCAGCCUCAUAAUAUGGCGGACACUCUUGAAAGCGAAUUAGGUCAGUCAGCGGAGCAGCAAGCUGAGCUGCUGCUGACUUUUAAAAAUGGUGGGUUUUCAUCGUCAUCUUCAUCCUCCUCCUCGUCUGCCUUCUCACAGUCCCAGGAACCGCAGCAGGACUUCUCUCCCCUGUCUGCACUGGGCUUGCAGCGGGUGGGCGAAGAGAGACCUUCACCAUCCAAAGAGCCGAGCAUACAGUUAAACCGUCGAGGAAUGCCUGCGCGGAUGAGAAAGAAAAACCGCUUGUAUUACGAUGAUGACCUGGUGAGCUCCCCCACACAGAUGAAGUCUCCCAAGAAAACGCCUCGAGGCACGCCUAAGAAACAGCCAAAUCCACAACCCAUGCCACUUGCUCCAGUAAAACUAGGUGAAGGCAUCAGUGCUCCUCACAGUAAUCCAGUGAUUGCCAUGGAACCACAAACCAUCACCACCCCAGACAAAAAAGUCGCACAGCAAAAUGGUGUAAGGCUGCGGAAUUUUCUCAAGCUCCCACAGGCUCACAAAUGGGUGUACUUUGAAUGGUUCUAUUCAAAUAUUGACAAACCUUUGUUUGGUGGUGAGAAUGACUUCCAAAUUGUGUUGAAGGAAGCCUUUCCACAACUACAAACACGCAAACUAACACGUCGACAGUGGGGGAUGAUCAGACGAAUGAUGGGCAAACCAAGAAGGUGUUCACAGGCUUUCUUCCAAGAGGAACGCCAAUCUCUUGAUAAGAAGAGACAUGUUUUGCGGUUGUUACAGCAGCGAAAGAUAACAGACAUUAAUACCCUCAAGGACUUUCCACUACCAGACCAGAUACCUAUGCAGUUAGUUAUUGGUACAAAGGUCACUGCAAGGAUCAGAAAACCAGAAAAUGGGCUCUACACAGGAGUGAUUGAUGCAGUGGAUACAUCAGACAACACAUACCGGAUAACAUUCGACCGUCAUGGCAUUGGUACACAUUCAAUCCCAGACUAUGAAGUUCUGUCUAGUGAAGUAGCAGAGAUAAUGCCAUUGUCGAGUUUUUCUCAAAAAUUCCGUCCACGCCCCCCUCUGGGUAUGGUGACCCCUCCUCGGCCUCUGCUUCCAAAGUUAGAACCAGGGAGUGUAGGCGCAGAUAGCCCUGCUCUCUCUCUUACCAACGACCCUAUCUUGGCCCAGUCUCCUCUCAAGUCAUCCAAGAUAUCCAUGGAUGAUACAUUGGGAGGAUUCCCAGUCAGAUGCUUAGUACAGAUAGUGCAACUCUCUAAAAUACUUAGAGCAAAGCGGGAAAAGAUUGGCGCACUGAGAGACAUGAAUGCGCAAGCUGAAAAACAACGCAGUUAUAGCCAGGAGUUGAAUGUGGACUUCCAACGAAGAUAUGCAGCCUUAGUUUUAGACAUUGAAAAGCUAAACCGAGACCUGAACCAGCACCUUGUAGUAGUUCAGCAGUUUUGCCAGGAGAUUGCUCCAGAGCAAGGCUUGCCAGGGCCCACACUUCUCCCAGGCCAGAUCAGAGAGCGGUGCUAUGAAGAAGCUGCAACUAUUGUGGACGUAACCAACCACUCGAGUGGGUCACCACAGGUCAGCAGCCCAGCCAUUCUGGACCUGAUUACCAAGCUCACUUCUCUUAUGCUGCAGAUGAAGAACCUGACGGAAACCGAAGUCAGUGCUUAUGAGCUGACAUCGCUACAGCAGACUCUAAAUGAAAUUCGCAGUUCUCUAGAUGAGUCAAACAGGGUGGCCUUCCAGAACAACAUUGAAGUCCAUCUGACUCACAUUAUGUCUGCUGUCUCUCAAAUGGGAACUCUUCAGGCCUUCAACAGUCACAAUGGUACCUCUGUGUAAGAGAUGUUUGAUUGGCCUUGGCACAGUAGUGUGUCAUUUUAGACUGUUAAUUGGGACCUGUGACUUUCUCUUCUUGAAUUAUCAUUUGUCAUAUUUUUUGCAAUUUCCUUAAGUAAGGUGCACGAUCUCGUCAUGACUGCUCAUAAACUUGAUGUACAUUUUUACAUACAUAACGUACCUUGGUCAUAGUGUUGACAGACCCAUGUAUUCCAGUUAUCAAAUGGGACAGACACUUUCUUAGGUAUGGUUCUGAAAUAAUAAGGGCUAGGAACUGCUCACUCUUAGGACCCUUGAGUCCAUAAUCUGUAUUUUUGUCAUAUAUUAGGAUUAUUGUUAUGCAGAUUGAGUAAUUUUUAUUUAUUCUUUGUUUUUUGUUUAUAGAUACUGUCAUAUAUCUGUGCAGGCCUUGUGAAUUCAGUGAUGUAGGUUAAUAACCAUAUAUUUACAGAUAAGCAGUUCAUCACUGAGAGGAAAGUUUUUGGAUUUAUUAUCAGUCCAAAAGUUUGAGACAAUCUGUUGUGAUAAUAGACUGUCAAAUGAUUAUUACUGAAUUAAAUGGUUCAUCGUCUGACAGGCAGACAGCAAAGCCAAAGAAAUAUUCUUUUGUUUAAAUCAGGCCAUAAAAUGCCGAUGGAUUAAUCCACUCGGAUCUAUAGAUUUAUAUUUUUUAAGGAUGUCAUGUAGAAAGACUGUAAAUUUUAAUUAAUGUGGAAAAUCAUUUAUGGAGAAUCUAAUUAAGAUAAUAUGAUACUGCUUCUAUUUACAUUUGUUUAUCAGUGACUAUUCCAGGUAGGCCUUUUGAAGGUACAUUAAUUUCAGUAGCAGGGAAUAGUAAGUAUUCUGUUCUCUCCGAGCUAUGGGAAUUUUGAAUCUCUUGAUGUCUAGGACAGCAGUUUAAUGUAACCAUAUUUUUCUUUCUUGCUUGCUUUUUCUACACCUUAACAAUCAAGAACUCAUCUAAGUGCAGUUGAAUUUUUUUUUUUUCUUUUACUAACAGGUAAAGAUCAGGAUUGAGUGCUAAGAGGUGAUAUUUAAUCUGGUUGUUAAAAUGUCUUUUCCCUGUGGAAAAUAUGAUGCAGAAAGUUAAAAGCAUUCACUGAUUAUCUUUGUCAUGAUCUGUAAGAUUUGUUUACCAGUUUUUAUGUGAAGCUUGCUUUCCUUUUGGAAUAUAUGUUUUGACCUCAUAAAAGAAAAAAAAUAACCAGGAAAGGACUUGCAGUCCUGAUUUCUGCAUUGUGUAUGUUGACCUGAAAGUAGUUAAUUAAAAAAUCUGAUGUGUAUUCACUCAAAGAAUUAUGGUAUUGGUUUCAACAUGAUUAAAUCCACAGCUGAGAAAAAAUUAACUGAAGAAUGUUAGUACUUCGAAAUGUGUAAGUAACUGAUGAUGGUUGAAGCUUGUCUGGAUUGAACACAGGAUCUUGUACAACUCUGAAGUGGACAUAAGCAUUAAGUGUAGUUGCUUGUUAUACAGUUACAAUGGAUAAAAGUUGUAAACCACUGUAUUUAGGUCUUGUUGUAUGUUGUAGGUAAUAUUUGUGGUGAAGAACAGCUGUGAUUGCUUUCUGGAAGUGAUUUUCAGAGGCAUUUGUUGAUGCAUUUUCUGAGUUCAUUCAUCUGUAUGAUUAUUGUAGUAACUAUAAUUUCCAUGUGUUUGUCAUCUUACUUCUCUUUAUGUACUUGGUUGUUUGGGGGAAGAAAUUGUGUUGAAAGCAGUUCCUAGGGAGUAUUCAGAGGCAUUUAUAUUGUAUUUUGUCAGCUGUAUUAAUUUUGGAGUCUAGUUUGAAUGCAUAAAAUCAAUUCAUAAUGUUGGUUUUAAAAUUAAUAUCAUGGUCACUAGAAUUCAGUUAAUUUCUUACAACUUAAAUUAAGAGGGUAAGAGAAAAGGUAUAUGAAAGGUUAUAUACAGGAUUUAUGAUACAUGAAUUUCAUUUUAGACUGACUAUGCUUGUCAAAUCUUGCAUUUUCCAAUUGUAGCAGGGGUAUGAACAAAUUCAAUGGAAUCAAGAAUUAAAUAUACCUUUGACAAUAAAGAAAAUAGGUUUAUUUUAGUUUUGCUAUUACAGUAUCUCCAUAAAAAUUUGCAAAUUUUAAAAUAUUAUUUGAAUAUUUUUAUAGAAGACAAAUAACAGAGAAUGCCAUAGCUUUAUAAUCUUUAUAAGUUGGGUAUAUAAAUUCUUUCUCUGAACCAGUUUUUUUGUGGAGAGGGAUAAUAUUCCAACUAAAUUUAUAAUGCUUAAAGGGGUCUCCAUUCUGAAAUCUUGCAGAGAUUUUUUUACCUUUUGCUUUCCUAUUUGAUUUUGUUUGUGUCUCAUCUUGUAAAUGGAUACUGUACUCCUUUUAAGGGAGAUUCUACCUGGAUUAUUUUAUAUUUCUGAGAGACAUUAACUGAGAAAAAAUAUUUUAUUGUGUUGUAUAUAUGACAAAAUUAGAUAUUUCAGUUUUAUUCUCAGUAUGGACAUGUGUUUAUCUGAUUGUAACAACUAUUAAUGGCCAUAGUGUAUCUAAUAGUUUUAUUCAGUUAAUUACUUUUGUUAUUGAAAUUUCUAGUCAUAAUUAGGAUUAACAGAUUGUUGCUCCGGUAAAGUUUAAUAGAGUAUGGGUGUUCAGUGCCUCGCCAAUCCAAGGUGUAAGGAAAUAUUUGCCCAAGGUAAAUCUGUUGUAUUUUAUUUCCCCAUGAUAGAGAUGUCAUAAUGUGAGUAGGUUUUGUGGAAUCUCUUUACUAGCAAAAAGAGAAAAAAGAAAGAAAGAAAAAAGAAAACAUUUGUGCUGUGCACAUAUUUGUGUUCAUAGUCUGGUAACUAUGAUGAAAUGCUGCAGCCAAAUUCUCCCAAGAAACUGGUGCAAUUUUUUUUUUUUUUUUUUUUACCACGUUAUUUUUUCCCUAUAUUUUACAAUAGUUUCACUUGUGCAGUCAGGACAAUAAUAGUUAAGCUAGUUUAGGGGAGGCCUUUGACUUUGUGUAUGGAAGUUGUAUGGUUGCAAGGAUGCCCAUUACCAUUCCAAAAUAUACUGUCCUUAGUGAAUGGUCUAAACUUGGUUAAAUAUUAAUUGUUGUGCCUGUACUUGUCUUGCACACAGGGAGUUUAGUUAGCUUUAAGUCUACCUGCUGAGAUCAAUCAAGACUUUGAGUGUGGCCUUUUAUCAUCAAAAAUUAGAGAAAAAAAGUAUAAAAAUAAAAAAAAUCGGUGUACUGGAGUUUAGUCAUAGGUUUACAUAGACACCCUGAAAUUGAACUGCGCUUCUAGAUUCCUGUGUGUUGUCUGUUUUUUCUUUUUCUCUUUCUUUUUUAAUAUAUAUUUUUUUUUUGUUGUGGUUCUUGUGCAUGAUUCAUUCUGAUUUAUUUCUCUUCUGUUAAAGGUUUGGUGUAUAUAAUUUGAAAAAACAAGAAAAAAAAAAAAUGUAGAGAAUCAUGUUACACAAAUGUACAUAUGUAAAGAGAGGAAUACUAUUUUAAAAGUUA